AUGCAGUGUUGUUAUGAGCGCUGGACAAGCGUACCUCAUCGGACGUCGAGUCAGAUCGCAGGCCCUGAUGGCGAGCUCAUUGUGGCAUCACCUGCAAAUGCAAUGUUCCAAAAGUUCAAACUGCUGAAAGAGAGGCCGUUGAUUGAUGUCGACCGAUGGGCGAUAGAGACCUAUGCGACACCAAGUCCUGAUCAGCAAGUCGAAAUUUUGCUUUUCCCGGAUGAGCAAUCGUUUCGACUGUCGUAUCCUUCCCCCUUGGGUACUCGGCUAGCCUUUAUAGCUGAGGACCAAAGCCAGAUCCUGGCAGGGAGACCAGACACAGCUCGUUACGUACUUUCAGAGGAUACUGUGAUCCCGAGGAUCGAGGGUUGGCUUCAAACGUGCGAUCAGAAUCACGCAACAUGCUUGCGGUGGAAUAAAGCCCGUCAGCCCGCAAGCUUAGACACUCCAUAUGUAGCCCUUAGCUAUGUCUGGGGCCAAACGCCAAUGCUGAAGCUACAAAAAGACAAUCUCCAGGAUAUGUUACGCGAAGGCAGCUUGGAUCGUAUCCGAAACCUACUACCGAAGACAGUCACGGAUACGAUUGACUUGCUCAAAGAGAUGGGCGAAAAGUAUCUGUGGGUAGAUCGUCUCUGUUUGAUCCAGGACGAUGCAGAUGAUGUUACCCUUGGCAUCAGUAUGAUGGACUCCAUCUAUCGCGGAUCGUACUUCACAGUCGUUGCAGCUUCUGGCCACGAUGCCAACGCUGGUCUGCCUGCAAUGAGCCGUGGUCACAGUCUUGCUGGACAGGAACAGCAUGUAGCACGCCUUGGUCCCAAUCUUAAUAUGACAGCUCUCCAUAGCAUUGACUGGCAUCUCCAAAGGUCGACCUACAGUCAACGAGGCUGGACAUUGCAGGAGUUGGUAUUACCUUCGCGGACACUGGUCUUUAUCAAUGGGCAGGUGUACUUUCGUUGUCAGGCCGCAAACUGGGGUGAAGAGACCUGUGCUGACCAGUGGCACAACUGGCUCGACGACGAUGACAAUAGCAUAUGUCGCAUGCCAGACACUAGCUUUGGAUUCCUGCAUUCGUCCUGGGCGUAUCAAAAGCUCUGUGAAGAUUUCUCAAGACGCCAGCUACGCAAUGACGCGGAUGCGCUUCGGGCUUUCGCCGGCGUCGCUCGCCCUACGGCCGUUGGCAUGGAUACUCCUACUGUUGAAGGGCUACCGGCCUACUACCUUGAUCAUUUCGUACUCUUUAUGUCAUCUGAUGGUCAAAUGCGGCGACGAGAAGGGUUUGCGAGUUUCUCCUGGGCUGGAUGGGAGGGGGUGAAAUUGUGGCCACGUGAAAACUUUGAGUGGCCUUUCGAGUGGAACGGAGCCAUCAUCGAGAACAGGUUCAACAACCACAACAUCUUGAUGCAUCUAAAGCACAAUCGGCUGAUAAGCUGGUAUGCUUUACAGCCGGAUUGUCGAUGCAUAGGCCUAACCCAUAGGUCUUCGAACAAGCCUUCUCCGUUGAUGGAGUUCGCGCGCAACAAUCCGCAUGUAGUCACCAUCUCUGAUUCAGCUUUGGUCACACCCUCUCAGCUAGGAAACUCAGGCUGGAUCAUGGAUUUUGACAGUUUUACUGAUGCACCAAACUGGGACGACAGCGACCGUUAUUCGAGCCCCAUGCAUCGUUUGGCCCAGCUUCAGGUUCCUUACUCGAAAAGAGCCAUCGAUCAUGCCAACAUUUGGACAGAAUUGGAUAAGCCCUUCGAACAUUCGAAGGGUCUUUACGGGGGAUCAGUGCGGCGGGACAAUUGGCUGCGACAUCGUAGGAGAAUCGAGGACCAAAAAUCCAGGGUAUUUUUCGAAAAAGAAACGCGGUGGAGGACUUGGGAUAAGUACCAGGAGCUAGACAACCUUCGACCGCUACGUGUGAAACACAGACAGACAUCUAAAUCGAGUCACCAAGACCAACGGCUCAAACGACAGAUCGAACAUCAAGGGACGCAGGGCGAUCCACAGAGUGCAUCUACCCAGAUACCCAACUUCCCACCCUAUACCGUACUGCAAUUCACCACAAUAUCUCUCCAUCUGAAACUAGGCCCACACCCAGAGCAGCCAAAAAGUCCCAACAUCAUGUCCGAUCGCAUACCCGGCGCUCCCCUCUUAUCCACAUCUGACGAAGUCGUCGGAUCAUUGCACUCCGACAACAUCGAUCUCUUGCCUAAAUCAUAUUGUGCAAUUGAACUGCUCAUCGUGGCGCGAGGUCACAAGCCGACAGCAGGUUCCGCACUUCUGGACAUGUAUCAUGAAAGAGACGAGCAGCCAAUGAAGCUCUUCUGGGUCAUGUACGUGGUUUGGCAAGACGGUAUCGCGGAGCGACGUGGCAUCGGUCAGAUACUGGAAUUGGCUUUAGAGAAUGCAGUUGGUGAGAAGCCGACGACGAAGUCUGUUCUUCUGGGCUGA